CACAUACAGAGUCACUGUCAUCUCUCUCCUUCUCUCUCUCCCUCCCACCUGUGUUUUCUCUCUCUGAAAAAAACCCAAAUUUCCCCCCAAUUCCCAGCAUCCUUUAUCCAAGCGAUUCCUUUUCUGGAUUCAUCACGGCAUGAUCUUUCAAUCAGGACCAAUUUCGUGGCCUAACGCUCCAUGAUUCAGUUCAUUUUUGUGGGGUUUGCGAAUUAUUCGAAAUGCUACAAGUAGAGAGCAAUGGCGGGUUUUCUUCACACUCUUCGCAGUUACAGAGCUGCGGGGACAGCAGCGAAGAGGAGCUUUCAGUUCUUCCGCGCCAUACGAAAGUUGUGGUGACCGGAAACAACCGCACCAAGUCCGUGCUGGUGGGUCUGCAGGGCGUCGUCAAGAAAGCUGUUGGCCUCGGUGGAUGGCACUGGCUGGUCCUGACAAAUGGGAUUGAGGUAAAACUACAGAGGAAUGCUUUAAGCGUAAUCGAGGCUCCAACUGGGAACGAGGAAAAAGAUGACCUUGAUUUUGAAAAUCCACAGUGGAAUAGCUCAGAUAUGGCAUCCGAUGAUACCCAAAAGUCCCAUAGAUCAAGGCAUCGUAUGCACAGGUCAUUCGGGUCGUCUCACAAGACUCUAAGCCGGUCUCUCUCCUCCGACUCACAGUCCAAAGAUUCUGUUUCUACACCAAGAGGGUCCGUGAAGGUCGACCUUAGCAAACUUGAGAUGGCUGCUUUAUGGAGAUAUCUGCGGCACUUUAACCUUGUGGAUGCUAUUCACAACCCCUCCAGAGAGCAAAUGAUUGACGUCGUCCAAAGGCAUUUCAUGUCACAGCAAUUGGAUGAGCUGCAAGUGAUCACUGGUUUUGUGAAGGCUGCCAAGAGGCUGAAGACAGUUUGCAAAUGACAGUGGAACGAUUGCGUCUGCUCUGCUCUGCUCUGCUCGUUGCUUAUGGUUACUGACUCGUUUAACAAAUUGUAUGCCGAGACAUCUGAAUGUAAAUGUAUCCGUGGUGAUUAUGCCGCUAGUUGCGUAGACGUAGGUGUAGUUAAUGUAGAUAUGUGGAAACUGGUGAACUGACGAAAUCGACUCCUAAGCUGACAUCUCGGCAACAGCUUUGGUUGAAUGUAAUUCUCUUUUGAAAUGUGUAUGACUGAUGCUUAAAUGAUCAUUUAACCAACCUGAAAUUGUUCGAUAUAUGUAUAUUUAUUUAGAUA